AUGGGAACCAGAACACUGUGGUCCUUGGUGAUCAGUGAGCAGUUGGAGCAGGACGACGAGGCUGCGGCAGCUGCGGACCAGAGCGAUACUCGUGAUACUCAGGAUACUCACGAGGUUGUAGACCAUUCUGAAGAAAACCUGAUGAACUCAAAAAACUUGGGGGUGGUAUUUGGACCCUGUCUGAUGAGGCCCAGGCCUACAACCACUCCUGGUACCAUCUCCUCCUCUCUUGUUGCAUAUGCCAAUCAGGCCCUGUUAGUAGAGUUCCUCAUUACCAAUGCACAGAUGAUCUUCGAUGGGUCCCUAGAGCCACAAAAUGCUUCAUCUAGUACUGAUGUUGUUACACCUUGGGUGGAUAAAAGCCCUCCUUCCAAACCUGAUAUCCACACUGCAGAUAUUGAAAUUGAAAAUUUUGAAUUGGCUACAUCAUUUGAGGAAUCAGAAUGCAAGCAAAAUGCAUUGGAAAAAUGGGAUGCAUGCCUCAUUGUUUCAGAUCACAAAGAACUUGAAUCAUCAUCACAAAAGAUGGACAAUAUGUGUAAGACCACGAAACCACUUAGUCUGAAAUCUGAUGUGACAACAAAUGAUAUACAGAGGCCUAUGCCAAGCCCCAAGAUCAGAUGUUUCUUUUUGCCUGUAGAUAGGUUCCACCUUGCAAGCUCCCCUAAUGAGAAAAACAGCAGAAAUGUGGGAAUUGUCAAUUCAGACAAGUUUUGCCAGAAUCUUACCUUUGAAGGACUUAAUAGAAAAGAUACCCCUACUAGUUUUGGCUCCCAAAUUAACGGUUUUGAUCAGCAGAUUCCACAAAAAACUCAGGGACAACAAUGUGAAUCAAAGAACUUAACUGGCACGAGUGCAGUGAUUGUGCCAAGUGUACUCCAGGAAAGGGGGACAAUGAGCAUCAAGGUUAGUGGUGACCAUUCUAGCAGUUCCACACAGCCCAACAUGCCAGCCAGUUCAGCAAGAGAGGCACCAGUGAGACUGUCCUCUCAUUCUCACCGUCUUGCUCCUGCAAGAGCACCCAGAAUACUGCAGCCCCAUCUCGGGACAACAUUUUAUAAACCAUCUACCCCGACCAGCAAAGUCAGGAGGACUGAGGAGAGACCAGCUUCACCUUCAGCAGCAGUGCCUCCUAGCACAGUUCUUACUCUCCUGAGACAUGUGGAGAAAUCUGUUCCAGAGGCAGACAGCACAUCAGCUUAUGCUUUGAAGCCAGCUGCUGAGCCUAAAGAGAACUCUGAGGAGCUCGGCCUACCUGACAUGAAUCCAAUGUGCCAGGGACUCAGGCUAAAACAAAUGGAAGAGUUACAAGACCUUGAAUUUGAAAUGCCACAGUUUGUGUAGUUGUCAAAAUUCAGUUUUUCUUUUUCUUGUUUCAUUUUUAUGCAUUUUGUUUAUUUUAUGAAAGAAUAUUGUAACAGAACCCCUUUUGU